UGCUCAUGCGCAUUGUGGGUUAAAAGCUUCAAAACAAUGGCGGUAGACGGUUUGACCAUAACAGAGCAAUGGAUCAGAGAGAAACUCAACCUUCAACACAGUUGCUUAGCGGAUGUCCGAUCAUUGACUCUUCCAGGAACUUAUGAAGGGAAAAUCUUUCAUUUAGGAACAUCCCUAAAAAACUUUGUCCGUCUGAAAACAUUGGACCUUUCACAUAAUGCACUGGUUACAGUAAAGGGGAUUGAGCGUUUGGAAAUGUUGGAGAGACUGAAUCUGUACUACAACAGACUGGCGUCUCUACAGGACGUCUUUUCCCUGCACAAGCUGCAGAAUUUGAAGGAACUGGACCUACGGCUGAAUCCUGUGGUCAAGAGACACCCGCACUACCGUUUGUACCUGGUCCAUGCAAUGACCAAACUCCGCAAACUCGAUGACUGUCCAGUGCGAGACAGAGAAAGAAGGGCGGCUCUCAUGCAUUUCUCAUCAGAGGCAAAUCUAGACACUAAUCAUAAGAAACAUGUCUUAAUACAAGACACAACUUCCAGAAGUAGUGAGCUCAGAAUAAAAGCGAUGCAGAAGCUGAUGAUGACGCUGUCGCUUCUAGACGGGAACGAGGAAGCUGCGCUCAAUGAUGUUUCUAGCAAGACCUGGAAUAGCAAGAGACCUCAAACUCUCUCCGUCCGCUCUGAGAACGAGUGCAGCCCUCAUCUGUUACAGGAAAAUCCAUCUGAAUCUGAUAUCAUACAUUUAAUCAAUGAUUCUGAUUGUGAAAGGUUGCCAAAACAAAAUCAGGAAUCUGUUCCCAAGGUCUCGGUUUAUAAGAAUGAGGCUCCCGUUCGUUCUCAUAGAGUCACGUUUGUGAGCCCCAUCGUGGAGAGCCGUCGUUCAGUCAGGAGUCUGACUCACGCCACAGUUCGAGGAGAACACGUCUUCACGCCGCAUCCUACAGACAUGCGGUCAGCUUCACAGGAACAUGAUUGCACAGCCAUUAAAUGGCAAAACCAACAUCAAGACAGAACAAAUCCAGUCGUUCAUCCUCCCAGAUUAACCUACCAGAUCCCAGGAACCUCAGAUAGAAGCCCAUCGGUGUCAGAGAGAGGACGCAAACCACGGAAGGGUGUCUACAGGAAGCCUAUGGAGUUGCUCCUCAGCAUGAUGGAGGAGCUCUGGUCUGGGAAGGAGGAGAGUCAACAGAACAGGACGUUCCUCAUGAAGAUGGUUCAGAUCCUCAGCAUGAUGGAGCAGGAUGUUUCGGGAGGAGAACAGGAGAUCCGAACUCUUAAAGAGACGCUCAAAGCCUUGAACGCUCGGAAUGAACUACAGGAAAAACAACAUCAGUCUGAGACUGAAGAACUGACACUUCAGCUUCAGCAGGCGCAGGAGUCCAUCGCAGCCCUUAAUGAGCAGCUGAAGAAUGUGUUGGAGGAGAAUGUGUCUUUACAGAAACAGCUUAUCAAAGUAGAAAAGAAGCGGCUGUCCUCUCACCUGAAGAAAACACCACACAUGGAGAGCAGAGGAGAGCAGUCAGUCCCUGAGGAGUUGAAGGAGAAAAGACAUACAAGUCAAGAUGGAAACGGAGCAAAUGACCCGCAUGAGAGCUACAGGUCUUUGAUAGCCAGAAAUGAGCGUUUGCUGCAGCAGUUGGAAGAGGCUCUAAUGAGCUUCCAAUAG